AUGGCGCAUCUAGUGAACGAUUUGGAUGAGCUGCCCGAGAUCAUGCCGGGCAGGCUGGAAGAAAUCUACGCGUGGCUGGCCGUGUGCGACGCUACUAGUGCAGUGACCUCGAUUCACGAGAGCAGAGAGAAUAAUUGGCAGCAGCACCGGCAGGCAGAGGUGGCUUUUGAGUCGCGUCAAAGGCUUCCCUCCCCUCAGCGCUCUGUCAGUUCGAUUCAUGAGAGCAGAGACGGAAGCCGGCAGCAGUACGGACAGGAAGAGGAGGGGUUUGAGUCGCAUAAAGCACUCUCCUACCCUCAAAGGGCCGUGACCUCGAUUCAUGAGAGCAGGAAUAGAAGCCGGCAGCAGUACGGACAGGCAGAGGAGGUUUCUGAGUUGCGAAAAACACUGUCCUCACCUCAGCAGUCGGUCAGUUCAAUUCACGAGAGCAGAGACAGAAUCAGGCAGCAGUACGGACAGGCAGAGGUAGCCUUUGAGUCAUCUCAGAAGUCCCCAAACCCUCAGAGGUCUGUGAGCUCUAUUCACGAGAGCAGAGACAGAAGCCGGCAGCAGUACGGACAGGCAGAGGUAGCCUUUGAGUCAUCUCAGAAGUCCCCAAACCCUCAGAGGUCUGUGAGCUCUAUUCACGAGAGCAGAGACAGAAGCCGGCAGCAGUACGGACAGGCAGAGGUAGCCUUUGAGUCGACUCAGAAGGCUCCCUCUCCCCGGCGUUCUGUGAGUUCGAUUUAUGAAAGGAGAGAUAGGAACCGGCAGCAGUACGGACAGGCAGAGCUGCAGGCAUGGCAAUGGCAGCACGCGAAAAAACAGCAGCAGCAUGGGGGGCAGCAGGGUCAGCAAGAGCGGGCACAACAGCACAUGCAGCUGCUGCUGAUGGGGCAGGGGGAGGGGAAGCGGCAGGGGCAGGGGCAGGGGCAGGGGCAGGGGCAGGGGCAGGGGCAGGGGCAGGGGCAGGGGCAGGGGCAGGGGCAGGGGCAGGGGCAGGGGCAGGGGCAGGGGCAGGGGCAGGGGCAGGGGCAGGAAAUUUUUGAGACGUCUCAAACCUCGAAUGGGGGGCAGCAACAGUUGGCACAGCAGCACAUGCAGCUGCUGCUGAUGGGGCAGGGGGAGGGGAAGCGGCAGAGGCAGGGGCAGGCGUGUGCACUUGAGCGGUUUUCUGCUGCAGUGGUGGGCCAAAGAGAAUCAGUUUCUGAGGCGCCUAUCCUUCCACCUCCUGUCUCCGCGUCUCCCUCUUUUUCUUCCUUUGUCUCCGCGAUUCCCUCCUCAUCUCUUGAGUCUGCUGCUGCAAUUGCCGCGCGAGCAGCAGCAGUUUCUGAGGCGCCUAGAUCUGCUGCUGCAAUUGCCGCACGAGCAGUUGCACUAGUUGAUGCGCCUAGGGUUCGGUCUCCCACCUCUGAGUUUCCCACUUCAUCUUUUGAAUCAGCUGCUGCAAUCGCCGCACGAGCAGCAGCCAGAAUCCGUCGCCCCUCCCCUCCGCCCCUCCUCCUCAAUGCAAACUCAGCAGGGGAACGAGAGAAGGAAAGGGAGAAAGAUCGGGAGGGUGGUCGUGGUGCUGCUGCUGCUGCUGCUGCUGCUGCUGCUGCUGCUGCUGCUGCUGCUGCUGAUACUGCUGGUCGUUCGUCGCACCAGAAAAGCGUGCGGCCCUCUGACUGGCGUCCGCUCCCCGCUUCUGCUCCUUUUGAGGCGCCUCAAAAGUCGCAUCAGAAAAGCGUGCGGCCCUCUGACUGCCUCCCGCUUCCCGUUUCCACUCCCCUUUCCCCUUAG